CAACUACGGAAUGUUUUCAAAGGCGGACCGGAAACAGCAUGAGGCGUUAUUGAAGCAUUCUUGAGAUCUGUUGAACUUGGUAAUUAAAAAAAUUCCACGGAGACACAAGAACACAAAGAAAAGAUAAUGUUGAGAAAUGCCUCUGCGCAGAUACUUAAACAGUUCAUCAGACACAGGACCACAGAUACAAGUCUGAUUUUGGAGAGAUCUAUCAACAAGGUGCAGUUGCUCGGGCGAGUGGGGCAAGACCCUGUCAUGAGACAGGUAGAGGGCAGAAAUCCUGUCACCAUCUUUUCUAUGGCAACAAAUGAGAUGUGGCGUUCAGGGGAGGGAGAACUCACAAAUACAGGAGAUGUCAGCCAGAAAACAACAUGGCACAGAAUUUCAGUAUUCAAACCAGGCCUCAGAGAUGUGGCAUAUCAGUAUGUGAAAAAAGGAUCACGAAUUCUUGUUGAAGGAAAGCUUGACUAUGGUGAAUAUGUGGAUAAAAAUAAUGUCAGGCGACAAGCAACAACUAUUAUCGCAGAUAAUAUUGUCUUUUUAAGUGAAAAUGUCCGAGACCAGUUGUGAAAAGCUUUCUUAGACUUUAGGAACCAAAAGAAGAUGGAAGAUAUUUUGUAUAGUGUUACUCUGCUCAUUGACAAUAAACUUGUGACUUUA